UCGACAGAGAGCAGAGAAGAAGAACAGACUCACUCUGAAGGAGCAGAGCAGAAAGAAGAGGAAGAGGAGGAGAACACAAGAGGAGGAGGAGGAGGAGGAGAGAGAGAGAGUUGGAUGUAGCCGCUGUUUUGCGGGUGUUUUUUGCCUCCUCAACUUUGUGAAUCUCUGCUCUCAUGGUGAGAGGAGGAAGAGGAGGAAGAGGAUGAGGAUGAGGAUGAUGGGAGUAACCUGGUCCUCCAAAUGCCUCGCACUCCUCCUGGCGCUACACAUAGUCUCUGUGUUGCAGACGGUGCUGGUCAGUGCGGGUCAAUGUGACUCGGUGUUCAAAGGUUUCUCAGACUGUCUGCUUCAGUUGGGGGACAACAUGUCCAAGUAUCCCCAGGACCUGGACGACAGGGAGAACCUGAAAACCAUCUGCAAUUACUGGGAUGACUUCCACUCCUGCGCCUCGACGGCGCUGGCCGACUGCCAGGAGGGAGCGACGGACCUCUGGGAGAAACUGAAAAAGGAGUCCCGCAACCUGGAUUUCCGUGGGAGUCUGUUUGAACUCUGUGGCGGCGGCAACGCGGCCCCCAGAUCGGCCGACGCCAGGGGCCUCGCCUUGGUCCUAACCACGCUGCCCACCAUACUGACUUGGCUGGCGUUUUAACAGAAAACAAGGAAAAACGUUAAAAAGUAAAAAAAUUAAAAACACACCAAGAAGAAAAAAAGAGAAGAGAAAAUAGAAAAAAAAUGAUAGCUGCUCUUCGAUACUGAAGUUUGAAAUUCAUCACCAGAAAACUACACCCAAAAUGGAUUUCUACUACAUCACCGUAUACGGCGGCCUGGUUUGCUUUGCCUUUUACUGGGACAUCUGCAGGCCGUCCUCCUGGAGCGCUCAUCCAAUCACACGCUGACCUGACCCGGAGGUCGAUAACAUGAAAUAUUCAAGGCGCCGCCGAGCUGAAAUGAUGACAAUGAUGAAAAUUUGAUGGAUCCUUGCCCGCUUACAAUCGUGGAAUUAUACAGUAUUAAAGUCAACCAUGAAUUAUUGAUGUUUAGUAAGCUAGGCCUAGACAGCACUAUGUGACUGCCGGGUGCUGAUACACACUAUCGGGCUAUAUAUUAGGGUUCCCAUAUAGCCUGAGGUACACAUUCGUAACGCCGGGCCCAGCUCAACGCCACAAAAUCAAUAAGACAAGCCGAGGCCCAGAGCCCAUUUCAGACCAGUCGCCUCAUUUCCAUCAAGGACAGUAUUUCCUUUUUGUUAAUUGCGCCAAGUUGACUGUGUUGAGUCUGGGUGGUUUGAUUGACUGAAUGCUUCGAUGGUGAUGUAAUGUUUGUAUUCUUAUUGGCUGUUUUUUUUUUUUCGUGCUCAGGCCAUGGUCACACCAGCUUUUAUCACGACGACAUUUUGCACCAAAUUCUAUGUCAAGUUCCACAGUGUCCUCCUGACCUUGGUGGACUUUACAGGUCAAUUUGUGGCAUUAUUGGCAAUAAAGCAAAACUGCAAUGACAGUAUUGACCUUUGACCCACACAGCAUGGCUUCCAGUCAAUCGUGUGACAGCAGUAGGCGUGUUCUUAAAUUUAGAGUACUCUACUUUUGGUCGUUGAACUGGCUAGCUUGCCGCCAACGCUAGCUACCACUUAUUAAAAUCUAACGCCACGUGAAGAAAUCUGACUCUGCCAGUCCAUUCUGGUGUGACCGUAGCCUGGUUUUUCCUGACCAAGCUCCGAGCUGGAGGAAUGUAGUCAAGAGUUUAAAGCCUGCUUUUCAUUUAAGAAUAGUUUAUGACUGAUGUUAAAAUGCAUGAUGUUGGUUCGGACGGUCUCAAAGCAUUUCAGGAAAUUAGCACAAACUCCAAAAAAGGUUAAUCGACUCAAAAGCUUUGUGGUACCUGUUAAAAUUGAUUAUUAGCCUAUUUUUUAUUUUUUAGCAGUUAGUUAAACAGUUUGUUAGAGAGUUUAACAGUUGAGUUUAUGUAUAACUAGUUCAAAUAUUUAUCCCAGAUAUCUAGCAGGCUAAAUAUCUGGACCUGUUGGGGAGUCAAAGAAUCAACAAUAGUUUACUGUCCGUGUUACAACACCUUCUUUCUGUUUAAUCGCUGCAAAUCAGCGCAAAAAACCCAACUUGGAGCACUUGUUUCUGUGGGACAUCCAUUUUUGGAACAUAAACGUAAUUUACCAUGCAUCAGUCGGUCCUCCCGGUGAAAGAUAGCCGGUUAUGUAGUGUGAACUAACAAUUAAAUUAGCUGGCAAGCCAGAUCAGGUUAGGUUAACAAACUGUUUAGAAGCUAAGAGCAGAUGGUGCUCGGGCUCCAACAGUUGAAUGGGAUAGUGUCAGGUUAGCUAACCACUUGGUUUAGCAGCUAAACUAGAUUAAAUCAGGUUAGCAAACCAUUUAAAGGCUAAAAAGAGAAAAUACUUGGGUCAGCAGUUAAAUGUGAUUGUGUCAGGUUAGCUAACCACUUGGUUUAGCAGCUAAACCAGGUUAAUGAAGGUUAGCUAACAGUUUAGGCGGUAAGAGAUUGUAUUAGAGUUCAGGUUAGCAUGUUGCUAAAUGUGCUGUUCAACUCAAAGAGUUUGGUGUAGCUGACUGAUCCUGAUUUAAACAAUGAAAGUCUUCCCUUCAAGUAGUAAAUGUUUUGAGGAUUAAACCCAGGUCGAAGUAUUUUGAAGUAAAGUAGUUGUAGCCAAACAUUUCCGUCUAUUAGUUGGAAAUUGUGCUCAUUUCCUGAAAUCCCACGAGAACAUUUCAAGUCCAGAGUGUUAACUUUAGGAAGCAUCAGCGAGAUGGGAACUCUUCAAGGAUCUUUUUGAAAAGUAGAAACACAUUAGAUUUAACUUUAUGUUGCUCCGCAGAAACACGUGUUAGAAAUGAAUGAAUCUGUGAGCAAAGCGGUGUGAUACUUUGAAAAGCCGUCAGCAAUACGAAGACGUUACUUCAUGGCCAGUGUAGCUAAAAAAAAAAGAAAAGAACUAAACCGUGGCUGAAGAGUGAUAUGACUGUUGCCAUUUAGCACAUCCCCCCUUUUCAGGCAGUGACUCAUACUAGACGACCUUAGCGGUGAUAUAUUUUAGGUCUGUAUGUUAGAUUAAAAAGCUGAGUCCCAACAGUACAGUAGCACCAUAAACUACAUAAAACACGGUAAAUAAAUUCGGGGUUGUUUAUUUAUUCGCCGAGGCACAGAUGAUGUUUCCGCUGCCUUCUGACAAAAAAAGAUGUGUACUUUUGUUUGUUUGUCUCUUUGUUUGUUUGUUUGUUUGUUUAUGGGGAUGUCGCGUAAACAAAAAUAGUUUUAAAAAAAGAAUUUAUUCCCCAAAAAAAUCUAACAAGAGAAUAUGUAUAUCAAAGGAUUUUAAGAAAAUAGAAAUAAAAAAAGCUCUAUUAUAGAUAGUCUAUCCCAGACAGUUUUAACAGAUUGAUUCUUUACAGAUUAUAGGCCUACUGAGAUAUAAAAAAAAAUACAAAGAUUGCUUAAAUGACAAAGAGUAAUAAAUAA